AUGUCUAGUCAGGUCACAGACACGCAGCCAACCAAGGGAGGCCCGGAGGCUCACCCGGGAGACCAGCAUGAGAUCCCAGGCUUUGAAGAGCAUGGCUCAUUCGCCUCCCUGAAGGACAGGAUCAAGCUGCACUACAAUGUUGCAUCUGAUUACUACUAUUCACUCUGGGGUCAGCACAUCCACCAUGGCUACUUCAGGUCGCCCAGCGAAACCAAGGAGGAGGCCCAGGUCAACCUGAUCAAGUACCUCCUCGAGCUCUCUGUCCUACCCAAGUCAAGCAAUGUUCUGGAUGUAGGUUGUGGAAUCGGCGGUACGUCGCGCUACCUGGCCAAAGAACAAGGCUGCAAUGUGACCGGUGUCACCAUCAGCGGACGGCAGGUCGAGAUAGCUAAACGCCUGACUCUCGCUGAGAAUCCAACUCCUGAGACCAACGCGUCAGCAGAGGCGCUGCCAUGCCCGCCUGGUAGCGUGCGAUUCAUCGAACUAGAUGCUGAGAAGAUGCUGGAGUACUUCUCGAGCAAUGCUGGAGGCAAGCCGGAGAAAGGGUUUGACUGCGUUUGGAUAUCGGAAGCCCUCUCUCAUUUUCCCAACAAACCCCUAUUCUUCAGUUCCUCGUUCGAACUUUUAGCCGCCGGUGGGACGUCACGGCUCGUGAUCGCAGACUGGUUCAAGGCGCCCAACCUCACCGAGGAGCAGGACAAGUCAGAUAUCAAGCCGAUCGAGGAUGGGAUGCUGUUGCCCCCCUUGUGCACAGCUGAUGACUACGUAGAGAUGGCAACCAAGGCUGGAUUCAAAGUAUCCAAGGGACCGGUAGACAUUAGCAAAGAUGUUGCUAAGACGUGGGAUAUUUCCUGGUCUCUGGUCUCCUCGCCGUCUCUGUGGGCCUUUGCAAUCUCUCAAGGCAGAGAUGGACUCGCAUUCUUGCAGGCAUUCAGAGCGAUGCGCAGGGGUUACGCCAAUGGAACGUUCAGAUACGCCUUGAUUGUGUUUGAGAAGCCAUGA